AUGAAAUAUUUUACCCUGGCACCGUUGGCACUUGUAGCAGCACUAUCCACCACCGCGGCAGCGUCGGGCUUGCCUGUGGUGGCAAAGCAUCAUGCACCACCUGCACCAGCGCAUCCAACCCGGGUCUCAACCUAUUACCCGGACUUUGCAACCCUGAGUGUUCCUGUGCCACAAAUCACCCUUCCUCUCGCUGCGCCAUCAGGAUACGUGCUGGGUGGUAAUGUGACGGCGCAACCUACCCCUUCCCAAGCCUCGAAGGUCGCGGUCUGUACAGUCAUUCCUCACGGCUGGGGACGUGAUGACUCGCAGCAGAUCCUGGCUGCAGUCGAAGCAUGUGGAACCGACGGCGAGAUUACGCUCCCGGCCCCCUAUGUCUACACCAUUGGCAGCCGCCUGUACAUGAAUCUCGUGCGCGCCAAGCUCAAUAUCUUUGGCACCCUCUCCUUCACCGCGGAUCUUGGAUACUGGAUUGACAACUCCCAUCGCGUGGAGUUUCAAAAUCAGAGCACGGCGUGGAUUGUAGAGGGCGAGGACUAUGUCAUUUCCGGCGGAGGAUGGGCGCAGGGUGGUGUUAAUGGCAAUGGGCAGGCCUGGUAUGGACGGGCGGCCGGCCAGAGCAACCAAUACGGUCGGCCCAUCCCGCUGUCCAUCUACAACAGCACCAAUGCCACCGUCCAGGAUCUCUCUUUCAUUAAUCCGCAGUUCUGGACAUUUUGGGUCCAAGAUUCCUACGAUGUGAGUCUGACGGGCAUCUACAUCAACGGCACUAACACUGACCCCUACGGCAAUGGCUCCAACUGGGAAACCAACAUUGACGGACUCGACUCCAUGCGUGUGAACGGCUUGCUCCUGGAGGAUUGGGUAUUCCAUGGCGGCGAUGAUUGCUUCGCGCCAAAGGGGAACUCAACCAAUAUGACCCUGCGGAAUAUGACGUGUGUCGGGGGAGGCAUUGCCUUCGGCAGCAUCGGUCAAUAUCCCGAAUCGCCUGACUAUAUCUCUAACGUCUCGGCAACCGAUAUCUCUGUGCGUCAGGCAAUAAGCCCCGUGUAUGGCGGAAGCACUGUCGGUGGCGGUGCCUACUUCAAGUCCUGGGUUGGCGUCGAGGAGGGUGUGCCCCCGCAAGGAGGCGGCGGUGGUACCGGACGGGUGUGGAAUGUGACCUUCCACAACCUGAAUGUCCACAACGCAACGCAUGCCGUUUACAUGAACAAGUGCUACUACAAGGUGGCCGACCAGGCCAACUACUGUGAUACCUCCACACUGGAAUUCGAGGACCUCACCUUUACCAACGUUACGGGUCUAGUCUCUUCGCAGUAUGGCAUCUCCUUCAAUUGUUCUGCGGCGGCCCCCUGCAAGGACCUUGCGGUGUUUGACUUGGACGUGACUGUGAACAACGGGACCAUGUCCGGAGUCUACUGUGAUAAUGUGGACAGCUUAGCGGGAAUUAACUGCACAGCAUAG